CGAUGUGCCCCAAUGACAGUGGGAUGGUGGAACAGAAAACCUCGAAUCAAUUCUCAGCUGGUGGCACAGCAGGUGGCACAGCAGUAUGCCACCCCACCACCCCCGAAGAAGGAGAAGAAGGAGAAAGUUGAAAAGCAAGACAAAGAGAAACCCGAGAAAGAUAAGGAAAUUAGUCCCAGUGUCACCAAGAAAAACACCAACAAGAAAACAAAACCAAAGUCCGAUAUUCUGAAAGACCCUCCUAGUGAAGCAAACAGCAUACAGUCCGCCAAUGCGACAACCAAGACCAGCGAGUCGAAUCACACCUCAAGGCCCCGACUGAAAAAUGUGGACAGGAGCACUGCACAGCAGUUGGCAGUGACUGUGGGCAACGUCACCGUCAUUAUCACAGACUUUAAGGAAAAGACUCGCUCCUCCUCCACGUCCUCCUCCACAGUGACCUCCAGUGCAGGGUCAGAACAGCAGCACCAGAGUAGCUCGGGGUCGGAGAGCACAGACAAGGGCUCUUCCCGCUCCUCCACUCCGAAGGGUGACCUGUCCGCAGUGAACGACGAGUCUUUCUGAAAUUGCACAUGGAAUUGUGAAAACUAUGGAUCAGGGUCUGAAAUUCAGAUCUCCACCUGCCCAUGCUGCUGCACCUGGAACCUUCUGUGGACAUCGACCUGUGGGUGAUGCUGCCAGGAUCAUUUCUGCUUGCCAUGGGCAUUUGGUCACCGAGGAAUUUCGCACCCUGACGAUUACUCUUGACACUUUUAUGUAUUCCAUUGUUUUAUAUGAUUUUCCUAACAAUCAUUUAUAAUUGGAUGUGCUCCUGAAUCUACUUUUUAUAAAAAAAAAAAAAAAUCUGCUGUGCACAAUUUUCCAUGUACAUUACAACUGGUUUUUGUUUUUGUUUUGUUGGGGGUGGGCUGGGAGGGGGAGGGAACUUUUAUUUAUUGUGUUCACAAGCUCCAUCCUCUCAGCAUAUCCUUCUAAGUUUAUUUCUUUCUUCCAGUUAUACUAUGUACUAUCAAUUUUGAUAUAACUAUAUAUAAAUAUAAAAUUAUAUAUAAAGGGUUAUUUGAAACCAAUCCAUGGCAACGCUGGUGCUUGAUACACUGUGAAGUGAGUACAACCUUGAACAGUUACAGACCCGGGACAGUCCCUUCUACGGAAGUGCGGACAUUGCAUUAGAAUCGGUCUUACACAAGGUGUUUUCCCGCCCACGGGCAGCUUGGCUCUCUCAUCUGUCUAAAGAGCACUGGGUGAUAGGAAAACAGAGGUUUUUAAACAAUAUGAUCUCCCAUUGCAGGACUGCUCCAGAGCCGGCACUUGCAGCGGAAGCGCUGACCCCAGGUGCUGGCUGGGAGGCUCUGUCGAUCAGCAGCACCCAGCGCGCCCCCCUGCCAAGGGCUGUGCGCACCCCGGCAGUGUGCGCAGUGCUAUUCUCACAUGGCGCUCGCUUGUGAAAACACGGUGUUCCAUACGCGAUUCCACCACUUCCCAGGCCCCUGCUCGGGGCUGAGGUCAGUCUAUAAAUUGUCGCUUAGCUUUAGGAUUAAAACGGACUCAACUGCAUUUUUGGUCGAUACAAGAAGCAAAUCCAUGACACCACGCGCACAGGGCAUUGCCCUGGUGGUUUUGUCAUUGAAAUUGGUUUGCCUCCUGCCCUCCUGUCCCUUAUGCCACCAAUUCAGUUGUGGGAAUUGUUUUUCUUUCUUAAAACUCCACUCCUUUCUUGUCCUGAUGAACAAAGGUGGUCAGCUGCAGGCCUCGCCUCCCUGCUGGGAAGGGCACUUCUGGGAGCCUGCCGUCUCCUUCCUGGGCCUGACGAUAACGCGAGUAAACUCUGUUGUAAAGUUUCUUUUCACCCAUUUUUACUCUCAGUGGAAGCGGGGAGACAAAAAACAAAGACCACUAAGGUUUCUACCCACUGGCGUUUUAAAAUGCUUUGUUUGGCCUCAUUUGGAUUAGGGUCUCUCUUCUGUGUAACUCCCACCACUCAUGUCCAGGUUCCCAGACUUCAGAGUCACUGCAGGGACUUGAUGUCACCUUCCUUUACUUGGUCAUAACUUAAGGGAGCCUGGGAGGCAGCUGGUUGUGAGGAAGCCCCACAGGUGGGCGUGAGAAAUCUGGUAUGCUUAAGAAUAGAAGUCAUUUCUGUCUGGAGGCCACAAGCAAAAAGAAAAAAUGAACAGCUUGAUUUGAGUAGCCGACAGGAAAGGUUCCUUUCCCAUCUACAUCAGACUCCGCGUCCCUCUGCGCCAUGACCUCCAUCUGCUCUCCAAGCACAGGGUCUGCAGCAGUGCCGUUGUUGUGUGGUCCUACUCGCAAACGCUCGGACAAUGUCCCCUUUUGCAAGGAUGCUUGCAUCUGGGAUGCAAGCUGUGCUUAUCUUUUUAGAUACCUUUUUCAAGUAUUUAUUAAUGAACCAAAGGAAAUCAAAUGCUUUCUGUAAGUAUCAGAAUAUAUAAUACAUAGUGAUUUGACUAUGAAUUUUAAAUCCACAAUUUAAUAUUAGUGGGAUAUUGCAAAGACAUUCCUUCUAAAGUUUUAAUAUUCCUUUUAUUAAGGGUCUCAGGGAGGGUAAAUUAGUCAGCCAUAUUUAUUUUCCAGAGAUAUAAGGAAUUGCUAAGUUUGAAAAUUAACUUUUUAAUAAGAAAAAUUAGAUGUCACCAAACUCGUGGGUUGCACUGCUUUCCGAACCAUAAGGUGUUGGUGUGCAUUUCAGAAACACUGUGUAACUUCUCAAAAUUAGUCUCCUGUAAAGUGAUUGGACUCCUAGACUAGUGGGGGAAGCUGAUGAGCCAGCUACUCGGCUGCUGAUUCAUGAUGCAAUGCCUUGGUGUUUUGGCUUUGCCUCCGACAUGAAUAGAGGACGGGAGGUGACGGGUGGAGGGUGCUUUAGGACAGGUGGGAUGACAUGGCCAUUGUGAUGAGACUGCAAGUGGCAGUGAAGCCUCGGGCCCAUGUCCUGGGCCGGCCCCUGCUGCCUGCGAGCUGCUGAGGCCCAAGGUGGUGGGCACUGGAGGCUUAACUUCUGGCAUUGAGGUUCCUCAGACAUGUGCUCUGGAGACAGAAUUCGUGGAACUUCCUGUAUUUGCAGUUUGCCCUACAACAGGUGGGCAGUGUGUAGAUUAGAAAGAUACAUAUUAAAGGGUCAGAAAUAACUGGUGUUCGGUGGCACAAUAAGCAGGUUAUAAAGCCAAAACAAAAAGCACAGUGUUACCCUUGCAAGGUUCCAUUUGUUUUAACACCACCCGGUCUUCAGGCGAGCACAGAGCUUACCUGACAUGCUCUGUUUGAGUCGAGCAGUUCAAAGGUGAAGUAUUUUGACACCCACAAAAUAUUUCAGUCAGAGCCCUUCUGUUUCAAUCUGGAUAUUUGAAAACAAUGGCAGAAGCUUCUGGGAGUUGCGUGCCACAAAGACGUCUCACCUGCCUUAUCAAGACCAUUCUCAGCCUACUUUUCUAAGCUACCAUAUCGUAAAUUAUUGAAAAUUUAUUAAUUGCUGAAUAUAUAAUAACCUUUGCUUGUAUGUAACCGAAAAUGGUUUAAGAGCCAACAUUUAGAGUAUGACAAUGGAGCUGAACAGUUUUUAAUGCGCAAGCAGUUCUGUUCUUGUGUAUGACUCGUAACCUUAAUUUACUGUGUAAAGAUGGUUACAUUAUUUCCUUAGCUUUGUUUGUUGGAGACAAAUAGAGAAUGCUUGUUAAGUAUGUCCAACAUAAUCUUGUGAAUUUUUGUUACUGUAUUAUACAAGCUAUAUUUUUCAUUUGCCCAGGAAGACAGCUUGUCUCGCUUCGGAGGUUUCUGCUCUGUCGUCUUUAUAGCCGAGUCUUAGGUCUGAUUUUUCUUCAUGCGAAAGUGUCAGUUGGUGGUUUUGUGAACUGGUCAGAAAUUCGCAGGUCUGAAAUGUUGGGGGGAAUUUAUAUUGGACACUGCUCUCCGUCUAGCAAAUAAAGAUGUUAAUAUAUUCCUGUCGCUGGCAUGUGCACGACUGUGUGAUUAGAAGCCACUUUAUCAUUUUCCUGCUUUAAAUAGAAAUGUCUAUUUAUGAAUUCUGCUUGUAGUUUUUUCACAAAUAAAAUAGUAAAAUUUACAUUGAAAUCUUA